UUUUUUCAUGACAUCUUAGUGUGUUUAUCUGUCAGAUUACAAUUAUAUAAUGAAAAUAACGAAUUUAAAAAAAUUAUAGUCAUGAUAUCAUACUUUAAAUAAUUAUAAAAUGCUCACUAGAAAUAGCUAAGUUAUGUUGGUGGAACUGAUUUUAAAAUGGUCUAAAAAUUUCAUAUAUCAAAUGUCACCCUUCUUCUUAAAAGCCAAACAUUCGUUUACAGUUGGACGCCAAGAAGAGUUCCAUUAAAACACAUAUAUACGCGUCUAAUCCAAAGAACUACAACGAAUCAAAUCAAAUGGAGACUAUGGAAGUGGCAUCAACUCCGGUAAUUAACAAUCACGUCAGUAAAGGUGAAAAAAUGGAAGAUAUACCUGUGGACGAAAUGACCUCUAGAGACUAUUAUUUCGAUUCAUACGCACAUUUUGGUAUACACGAAGAAAUGCUGAAGGAUGAAGUUAGAACCCUCACAUACAGAAAUUCAAUGUAUCAUAAUAAACAUUUAUUCGCGGGAAAAGUAGUGAUGGACAUUGGUUGCGGUACAGGUAUUCUUAGUAUGUUUGCAGCAAAAGCAGGUGCAAAAAAAGUGCUUGCUGUUGAAUGUUCCAAUAUAGUAGAUUACGCAAAACAAAUCAUUGAGACAAACAAAUUGGAUCACAUCAUUACAGUUGUUAAAGGUAAAGUGGAGGAAAUAACUUUACCAGACGGUAUUGAAAAAGUAGAUAUUAUUAUUUCCGAGUGGAUGGGAUAUUGCUUAUUUUACGAAAGCAUGUUAGAUACAGUCCUUUUUGCACGUGACAAGUGGCUAAAAUCCGAUGGACUGUUGUUUCCUGACAGAUGUUCAUUGUUUGUUACUGCUAUUGAAGACAGACAAUAUAAAGAUGAAAAGAUUAAUUGGUGGGAUGAUGUAUAUGGCUUUGACAUGAGUUCUAUACGUAAAGUAGCUAUUAGUGAACCUCUUGUAGAUGUAGUCGAUCCCAAACAAGUAGUUACAGGUCCUGCUCUAAUUAAAGAAGUUGAUUUAUAUACUGUGAAAAAAGAAGAUCUGGAAUUCUCUUCACCUUUUAUGCUCACUGUAAGAAGAAAUGAUUAUGUCCAAGCUCUAGUUACCUAUUUUACUGUUGAGUUUACCAAAUGUCAUAAACGUAUAGGAUUUACCACUGCCCCUGAUGCACCUUAUACACAUUGGAAACAGACAGUGUUUUAUUUUGAAGAUUACAUGACUGUGAAGAAGAACGAAGAAAUACACGGUGUAUUUACAAUGAAACCAAAUCCCCGCAACAACAGAGAUCUAGAUUUUGUUAUAGAAUUAGAUUUUAAGGGAGAACUCGGUGAAGUACAUGAAGUUAACAGAUAUAGGAUGCGCUAAAUAGAUCAACUGAAAUAUACAACUUAAUUGUCUUGAUAAUAAUUUAUAAUAUGUGGAUUGAUGUGAAAAUGUUUUAUUGGAGAAUAAAAUUAGAGAUUUUUAACUUUUGAAUAUUUUGAAAAUUGUUAAAUUAGGUAGUAGCUUACUCAAAAAAAUAAAAUGCUUGGUUUUAAUAAAAAUUCAUUCUUCAUUUUUAGGAAAUCUCUAAUAAAACAUUUGUCCUUAUAAACUUCUCAAAAAUGAGAUAACUGGUCUUAAAUGAUUGUUAACAGAUAAAAACUUGUGAUUCAAUGGAGUGAUUUACUUUCUUAUUAUGCUAAAACGCUAGUCGUUUAUAUUAAUUCAGCUACUUGCAGUAUAAUCUCCUUAUUUUUAUUCUGACAUUCCUCUACAAUGGAAUGAUGCAUAAUUAUUGGUACUUUUAAUAAACAAUUAAGAAGCCAGGUACAAUUAAGAUUAACAAGUACAUAGAUACUUAAUGAUUGAUAAGUUGAAAUUUGACGAUCUGUGAACUUUUUUAUUACUUUAUUUUAGAAAUAUUUAAUCACGAGUAUUCAAUAAAAUUGUCAUUUUAGGUGUCAUAA